AUGAAUGAAGAAUCAGAACGUCCACGAAAGAAACGAAUGCACUUAACUAUGAAAUCAAAGCAAGAAAUAUGUCAACGAAAGCAAAUUAAUACAUCCCUAAGUAUUACUGAAUUAGCUGAAGAAUAUAAUUGCGAUAGAAGUACAAUUGCAAAGAUUUUGAAAGAAAAGAAUAAGUGGUUAUCCAAAGAACUUACAAGUUACGAAGAAAAAAUAAAGACUAACAGACCAGUAAAGUUUACAAACUUGGAAGAUGCUUUGAGUAUCUGGACACAAGCUAUUGGUCUUUGUUCAGAAGCUUGGAGAAACGUAACCCCUCAAACUAUUGUUAAUUGCUGGCGAAAAACUGAAAUAAUACCAUUAACUGAGUGGAAUUGGCAAAAUCAAGGCAUACAGGAAUAUAACGAGAAUUCAAAAUUAAUAACUGAUAUUGAACAACUAGUUUCCGACUUUCCUUCUAAUAACAUACAAUUAAUGACGGCUAAUAAUUAUAUUCAUUUGGAUGAUACUAUCGAGACAGAAGAAGUUAUUAUUGACGAAGAAGAAAUUAUAAAAGAAAUACUUUACACAUCUAAUUCCGAUAGUUGUAAUGAAGACAGUGAUAUCGAAAUCGAAAAAAUUUCUCACUCUACGGCAUUGGAACAAUGUAAAUCACUUCUGCAGUAUGUAGAACAGCAAGACCCCACCAAAUUUGUAGAAGAGCAAGACAUGCCAAGAUUACAAAGUCUUUUGCGACGCAUUCAAUCAAAUAUAUAUCAGGCGAGGCAACAAAAAAAGUUGACAGAUUUUUUCGUCCACAAUUCAUAA